AAUUCAGGAAAAGGAAACUUCUGAGAAACCGAAACUGCUGGAGAAAGGGCGGACCCACAGGGCACUUCAUCCUCUAUCCCUCACUGCUGGUUUUGCUCCGCACCAUGAACCACACUUCUCAAGCCUUCAUGACUGCCGCCAAUGGGGGACAUCCCCCAAACUACGAAAGAAUCAAGGAAGAAUAUGAGGUGGCCGAGCUGGGAGCACCCCAUGGUUCGACUUCUGUCAGAACCACCGUGAUCAACAUGCCCAGAGAGGUUGCUGUGCCUGACCAUGUGGUCUGGUCCCUCUUCAACACACUCUUCUUGAACUUCUGCUGCCUGGGUUUCAUUGCCUAUGCCUACUCUGUGAAGUCUAGGGACAGGAAGAUGGUGGGCGACGUGACUGGAGCCCAGGCCUACGCCUCCACUGCCAAGUGCCUCAACAUCAGCGCCCUGGUCCUCAGCAUCCUCACGGUUGUUAUUACCAUCGUGGCUGUCCUCUGCAUUUUUUUCUCUGCUAGUCGUCUUUACACUUAACAGAGGACUCUGGCCUUUGGUCCUGACAUUUACCCCACCAUCCAUAACUACCUUCCUCCUGGCUCUUUACUCCUCUUUAUAUACAGAUGUAACCCUCACACACAUGUCCAUAGUGGGUUCAAUAAAGUGCACAUGGUAACCAC